AGUUCAACCACCUGCAGCUUGUUGCUGAGGAAAAGGCGGGGUGCCAGGGAAGGGGGUACUGCACAGUGGAUGACACAGCAAGUUCUUUUUGAGGUUGACAAAACCUCAAGAAGUAAUUCAUAACCACAAUCUAGAGACAUCACUGGGAGCACGUUUGUCUUUGCUACAUUGUUGUCAUUUUCUGAUAGUUUUGUGUACCCUCUUCCCUCUCAUGUUAGGUGGUAAGCAAGUUGCUGUGUGAUUUUUAAAUGUAUUUGUGGGCUAUAGAGUAUUCUAGUAUGCUAAACCUGUCUGAAACCCCUAUAUUUUGCUUAUUCCAGCCUCCAUUACGAGUAAUACUGUGGGGAAGUUUUCCUGUUUAAACUCCUUGCACUCCCCAUUCAUUUCCCCAGCUCCGUCCUCUAAGUGGGUUGAAAGGUAUGAGCCUUUUUAAGGCGUUUAUACAUACAAACUGCCCUCGGGAAUCACCAGUUUCUGUUCCAACCAGCAGUUAGCGUCAGCCGCCUGAUCCUUGUCCUGUCCCGGGCUGUUAAAACACUCGCCAGUGUCCUAGGACUCCUGACUUACGGUGUAAUGGUUGGGAGGGUAGGUUUUGGUGUCAGGCAGACCUGGGGUCAUGGCCCUGUUUCCUUGUUCUGCCAACUAGGUAGCUUCCUCUCUUGAAGAUUAAGUCACUUCGCGAUGGAAGCUGCCGGACACUUCCUAGGCGCUAAGUGGGAGCUCCUGCGGCUCGCGCGGAGGAGGGUCCCUCGAGGCAGCCCUGGGAGGGGGCGGGGCGGGGCGGAGCCGGGCGGCGGCAGCCAGUCGCGAGCCAGGGGAGAGGUGACACGUGCCACCACCCCCCCGCCCCCCCCCCCCCUCCUGUGCGCGUCUUAAAAGGGCAAAGAAAGGACGCCGGGACUUACGCUACGCGCCGGUCUGGCCCGCUCUGUUGGGGUCCCCUGUUCCUCGAAACGUUUGUGAGUGGACGCGACGGGCAUCGCACCCCUCCCUCACGCCCCUACCCGGCCCCGCCGUGGGCCCCGCAGGCCGGCGCGGCCCCUUUAAGAGGCUCGCGGGUCGGCCGCCGGAGGUCGCGGGGUGCCCCGUGCGCCGCGGGCCGCGCUCCCCGCCAUGCGGGCGCUGCGGGCCGGCCUGACCCUGGCGCUGGGCGCGGGGCUGGGCGCGGCGGCCGAGGGCUGGCGGUGGCGGCGGCGGGCGGACGCGAGGGCGGCGCCGGGGCUCCUGGGCCGGCUGCCCGUGCUGCCCGUGGCGGCGGCGGCCGAGCUGCCCGCGGUGCCCGCGAAGCCCGGGACCCCGGCGGGCGGCGGCCCCGGCGAGCUGGCCAAGUACGGGCUGCCGGGGCUGGCGCAGCUCAAGAGCCGCGAGUCGUACGUGCUGUGCUACGACCCGCGCACCCGCUGCGCGCUCUGGGUGGUCGAGCAGCUGCGGCCCGAGCGGCUCUGCGGCGACGGCGACCGCCGCUCGUGCGACUUCCGCGAGGACGACUCGGUGCACGCGUACCACCGCGCCACCAACGCCGACUACCGCGGCAGCGGCUUCGACCGCGGCCACCUCGCCGCCGCCGCCAACCACCGCUGGAGCCAGAAGGCCAUGGACGACACCUUCUACCUGAGCAACGUCGCGCCCCAGGUGCCCCACCUCAACCAGAAUGCUUGGAACAACCUGGAAAAGUACAGCCGCAGCUUGACCCGCACCUACCAAAAUGUCUAUGUGUGCACAGGGCCGCUCUUCCUGCCCAGGACGGAGGCUGACGGGAAGUCCUAUGUGAAGUAUCAGGUCAUCGGGAAGAACCACGUGGCGGUGCCCACCCACUUCUUCAAGGUGCUGAUCCUGGAGGCCGCAGGCGGGCAAAUCGAACUCCGCUCCUACGUGAUGCCCAACGCUCCCGUGGACGAGGCGGUUCCGCUGGAGCGCUUCCUGGUGCCCAUCGAGAGCAUUGAGCGGGCCUCGGGGCUGCUCUUCGUGCCAAAUAUUCUGGCACGGGCAGGCAGCCUAAAGGCCGUCACUGCAGGCAGCAAGUGAAGGCCACAGCCCUGCCAGACUGCGGGGGCGGGGCUGCAUUAAAGGUGGUGAUUUCUGGA